AUGAAGAAGGAUAUGGUUAAGGAGCAUGGAGAAGGCAGGGCGCCCCUGUCUCCUCUUAGCCGCUCCCCGAGGCUGCAAGUACUGGGACAAGAGACGCCUGUCUUGGCAGUUCAGGGACGCCGCAUCGGACGGAGAGGCGACGACUCACCACCGGAACCCGAUGAGGAAAUUCGUCGAUUGGCGUCGAUGAUCACGAGACAAGCUUCACGAGGCUUUACUGGAGAGACUUGGUACGACUUCGACUUGCCGCUAAACAGGACCGACCCAAUCGUCAUCUUGCAUUUUAACGAUGUGUACAACAUUGAUACAAGAGAAGAUGGAUCUGGUGGCGUUGCUCGUUUUGUCACUGCGAUGCAACGCUUCAGCCAUUUGCACCCUCUAGUCUUCUUUUCAGGAGACGCUCUAAAUCCGUCGUUGAUGAGUACUUAUAUGAAGGGGCGCCAGAUGAUUCCUUUUCUAAACCUUCUCAAGGUCCACACCGCUUGUCUUGGGAAUCACGACUUUGACUUUGGCAUUGACGAACUCGAGUACACAAUUGGGUCGUGCAAUUUUCCUUGGCUGCUUACGAACGUGUUUGAAAGAUCUUCUUCGGAUGAUCAACGCAAAUUGGAUAGAUAUAUGCACGGCAGAGAACAUGCGACUCCACUGAGUAAAGGCUGCGCUGCAGAGGGGAACCAGGCAGAACAUCGGACUGGCGAUGAUGAGUCUCACGCGGCUGGCAAGGGGCCCACUGAUCCGUAUGCUGGUGACUACACCUGUCUUCCAGGGGAGCCUAUCGCCAAUGCCUGGAAAUACCGUCUUUUUGAGUGGCAGGGAGUCCGCAUUGGCUUGAUUGGCUUGGUUGAGCGAGAAUGGCUGGAUACUUUGGCAUGCAUAAGCGCCGACGACGUGGUGUACGUGGACUACGUAGUUGCGGCGAACCGGAUGUGUCGGUUCUUGAGAGCAAAAGAGUGUGAACUAAUCAUAGCACUAACGCACAUGCGGGCACCGAACGAUCAGCGCCUUGCCGAGAUGGCUCCAGAUAUUGAUAUCAUCCUUGGCGGUCACGACCACGACUACUAUGGAUUGCAAGUAAUAGGCGGCACGCCCGUUGUCAAGUCUGGGACGGAUUUCUUUGACUUCACAGCUAUUGCAAUUUUCCCGGGGGAUGCCUCUCCCCAACCAAACCUGCUUGCAACUGCACUGAUUGACGAUUCAGGGAAGCAUGUUGGCGCAGCUGCCAUAGCAGCUGCAGCAGUCGCAUCAGCACCUCGAGUGCUAGAUGGAACAGACCCACCGCCGGAGGCUACAGCCUCCGCCAUAGCUGCAGCUGUGGCUGUGGCCGAGGAGGCUUCAAACAAUCAAGCUGAAGUACUGAGCCCAAGCGAGUUGGCGUCGCAGUUGCUGCAUGCGAAAGGGAAAGUGAUCUCUGAUAGCAGGCAGGGGCAAGGCGGUACAGAAGAACGCCCUUUGCUGCUCAAACCUGCUCUUCCAGCUCAGUCACAAAGGCAGUUGAAACCGUCGGACUGCCCAGGCGGCAGCGUUGUAAUCCCGAAGAUUUUGGGGAGUUCUCUUGUCCAGUGGGAACGUGUCCGGGUCACACCCAAUAACUUUGCAAAGAACAAGCACGUAGAGCUUCUCGUGAAGAAGUAUGAGCGCCACAUUAAGCAGCAAAUGCGAAGGAAACUGGCGAAGCUUGGCGCAGAACUUGAGACGCGGUUUCGAAUCAUUCGCACUCAAGAAAGUAAUUGCGGCAAUUGGCUGUGCGAACUCAUGCGCAAGGAGUGCAAGAGCGACAUCGCCUUCAUCAAUUCGGGGACGAUUCGGUCUGAUUGCGUGUUUAAGGAGGGAGACUUUCGUUACGGGGACCUGGCGGCCAUGCUUCCUAUGGCGGACGAAAUCGCUGUGGUCAGCUGCAAAGGUUCAGUGCUCCUGGCAGCGUUAGAAAAUGCGGUGUCCCAGGUACCCAAAACGGAAGGUCGAUUUCUUCAGGUUGCUGGGAUUAGGUUUGAGUUCGACAGUAGCAAACCAGCGGGUAGUCGCGUGAUCAGAGAUACCGUGAAAGUUGCACCAAGGGGAAGCACUGUGCAGUCUCCUGAUGGGCAACCUGGUAUAGGGCGUUUCGAGCCCUUGGAUGAGAAUGUCGAGUAUACCGUUGCAACGAAGUCCUACGUACUACAGGGUCGUGACGGGUUUACAAUGAUGACAACCUGCCCAGUGCUUGUAGAGGGUGAGCGUUUGCCUCCGCUGCCGACUCUUGUGCGAAAUGCCUUAGCGUUAACAGCAAUGGCCAACGGUCUGAAGAAGCCGCAUUCGAGCAUCGUGUCUCGUCAGCUUUCGUCUUUUACGAACCUUCAGCAAGACCAGAUGCUCUCCGAGUUUGGAUGCAGAAAGGGCAUUGACGACGAGGUUGUCCUCGCUCCGAAGUGUGACGGGAGAAUCGUAGACAGGAACAGGCAACCCAUGUAG